AGGGGCCUCUUGGAGCGGGGCUGCACGCUGCUGCAGAAUCUCAGAGCCCUAGCGAGACUAUCACUCCCAGAGGCCUUUGCACUCGACAAGGGAGACUACACUUCCCGGAGGCCCUUGCUGCCCCGCGACCGGAAGCCUCGGGCGAGACGAGUGCCCUUGCGCGCGGAGCCAAGCGACCAUGGCGGCUGGAGUGUGGUCGCUGAUGAGGUUCCUCAUCAAAGGCAGCCUGGCCGGGGGCGCCGUGUACCUGGUGUACGACCAGGAGCUGCUGGGGCCGAGCGACAGGACUCAGGCGGCGCUGCGGCGGGCGGAGGAGGUGGUGCCCCCGGCCGUGUACCACUUCUGCCAGUACGUGUGCCGGCAGACGGGCCUGCAGAUCCCACAGCUCCCAGCCCCUCCAAAGAUGAACUUUCCCAUCCGAGAGUCCUGGAAUGCAGGCAUUAUCAAAGUGAUGUCAGCUCUGUCAGCGGCGCCCACCAAGGCCCUGGAGUACUCCAGGGAGGGCUGGGAGUACGUGAAGGAGCGCACCAAAUAGGGGGCCGCCCACCGCAGGCCACAGCCCGCCCUGCCAGCACGGGCGCAGGGCCAGCGCAGACCCGCCACUCUGGACUGGGACCCCACUCCGAGGGCAGCUCCCGGCCUUGCCGGCCCAAUAAAGGACUUCAGAAGUGUU